UAUAGAUAGGUGUAUUGAUCACAGUUUUUCCAUAUACCUUGUGAGGAGUGAAGAAGAUAUGGCACACUCUCAAGUUCAAAAGAUGGAAACUGAGGUUCAUAUCAAAGCUUCUGCUGAUAAGUUCUAUGAUGUUUUCUGCAACAAGCCAUACCAUAUUGCCAACAUUUCACCUCAGAACAUACAGUCUGUUCAAAUUCAUAAUGGAAAUUGGGGCACCGAGGGAUCCAUCCUCACCCGGAAUUACAUGAUUGAUGGAAAGACUUAUGUGGAGAAGGAGAUGGUUGAAGGCAUAGAUAAGGAAAACAAGAAAUUGAGCUUCAAAGUUAUAGAGGGUGACCUUAUGGGACAUUACAAGACCUUCAAAUCUAAUUUGCAAGUUAUUCCAAAGGAAAAGGGUAGUGUGGUGCACUGGACAAUGGAGUUUGAGAAACACCAAAACAACAUUCCUGAUCCUCACACCACGUUGCAACUGGCAACUGAAGUCACCAAAGACAUUGAUUCCUACCUUACUCAGGAUCACAAAUAAAUCAUUAGUUUUUACAUAAAUAAACCUUAUAUAUGGUAUGCUGCUGCAGUCUAAGAAAUAAUAAUUGAUGUAAUUAUGGGGCCUAAUAGUUAAUUACCCCUUAUUGCAUCAAUCUUAUGUACUAAGUGCCUAUAAUAAAAGUGCAUCAGUAACUAUAGUAGGAGUAAACUGGGCCCGUUUGUGUUAUGUUUCA